AUGAGCGAGCACACUUUUCUUAAUUACCCCGUACCUCGCGAAGGGCCGUCUGUCCCAUACAAGCAUGAAGACCAAGUUAUCCCGGUCUUCCGCGGAAGACCGUUGGCGAUCGGUGCGACACUAAUACAUAAUAUAAAUUUCAUUCAGAGUUACUUCUGGCGCAAUGCCGGCUUCGGGGUCAUACAUGAUAUCCCCGAACUCAGUCAAUAUGCCGGUCGUUACGAUCCAACCGUGAUACCCGUCGAGAACACCAAAACCGAAUCAGCAGCAAAGACAACGCCUGCCGUCCCGUCGCGCAGGAAUGGCAGUAACGGUUACUACACAUCUGCAGACUACCAUGCGCUCUACUCGUCUGGGGAAUUGACCCCGACCGCCGUCAUCGAGACAUUGUUGCCUAUGAUCCGCCGUGACUCCCAGUCUCCCGGAAAACAUUCAACCGCCUUCCUCGAGUCCCAGGCCGAGGCGAUUCACGCCGCAGCGCAAGCUUCGACCGACCGAUAUAAGGAGGGUAACCCGUUGGGACCUUUGGACGGUGUGCCAGUCGCAGUGAAGGACGAGGUGCAUCUCACGGGCUACAAACGCACACUAGGAACGAAGCUGGACUUCAAGCAUGGGUCCGAUGGAACAUCAUGGUGUGUGAAGCAGUGGGUCGAUGCUGGGGCUAUAAUCAUUGGAAAGACUAGUAUGCACGAGCUGGGGUUGGACACGAACAACAACAACCCGAACUAUGGCACACCUAGAAACCCUCAUAAUAAGGACUAUUACUGUGGCGGUUCUUCCGGCGGAUCUGGAUAUGCGGUCGGGGCGGGUCUCGUGCCUUUUGCUCUUGGAGCAGAUGGUGGAGGUUCCAUUCGAAUUCCAUCGUCUUUCUGUGGUAUCUGGGGGCUGAAACCUUCCCAUGGUCGUGUGUCCGGCGCUCCAUCCCAGAGUUUAGCGCCCACUGUCGGUGUCCUUGGGCCAAUGGCUUCGAGUAUUGAUGAUCUCGCCUUGGCAUAUCGUACCAUGGCUACCCCGGCACCGGCGUCAGAAGAUCCCAUUUCAUCGCAAUUCCCUUGCCCCCAGGCCCCUCCUGCGGGCACGAAGAGAGCCAAGACAAUUGGUAUCGUUCGCGACUGGAUCGAUCGAGCUGAAGCCCCGGUUCGUGCUGCAUUGGAUAGAGCUCUCGAUUACUACCGCGGGGAAGGCUACAACGUCAUCAAUAUCACAAUCCCAUACCUCACUGAAGGCCAGCGCGCCCACGUCCUGACUAUCAUGGCAGAGAUUGCAUCUGGUGUUGACGCGAGUAAGAUCAACCAACUUACAGCACCAAACAAGGUGCUUGUUUCCCUGGGCAUGUGGCAGAUUUCCGCACAAGACUUGCUCGCUGCCCAACGACUGCGAAAUCUUCUCAUGACACAUCUGGCUCAUCUUUUCAAAACUCACCCUGGGCUCUUGAUCGUCACACCUACCACUCCUAUUCCUGGGUGGCACAUUCAUGGCGGAGAGGCAGAUCUAUCCCGUGGUUUGUCUGAUGGCAAGGCCUCCGUUCGAAACAUGGAGUAUGUUUGGCUGGCCAACUUUACCGGAUGCCCUGCCAUUAGCUGUCCCGGAGGAUACGCUGUUGAUAGCGGCGUUCCUAUCGGAGUGAUGGCUAUGGGUGAAUGGGGUGCAGAGGAGAAUUUGAUUGCCUUUGCUCGGGAUGGUGAGGCUAUCUUGGAUCUACCUGGUGCUCAUCCUCCCGCCGAGGGUGAAGCUGCCUCGACUGUUACAGGCCUUCGCAUUCCUUCCGGUGACCUCGCUGUGUGGGAAGAUAUUGUCAAGAAGUCGAAAUAG